AUGUGGUCCGAUUACGGACGUCCUCCUAGCGCUCCUCCUAGCCCUCCACCACGGAGGAAGAAUGCCCAGCCACGGCGACUUCGUACCCCUUCUCCUAGUCCUCCCCCAGCCGAGGAUGAUGACGAGGAGCAGUGGGGUGGGGAGGACGAGGAGGACGGUGAGGAGCACGGUGGGCAGGAUGAGGAGGAUGGUGGGGAGGACGGUGGGGAGGACGGUGAGGAGGACGGUGGGGAGGACGGUGGGGAGGACGGUGGGGAGGAGCUCGAGGAGGAUGAGGGGUUGGGGGGUUUGCCGCAGGAGCUAAACAAAGACCUAGCUUGGUAUCCGCCCGAGGAGGAGGAGUACGUUGCAGCCGAGGAGAGGCUGGAACCACGGGACAAGAAGCCGUAUAAGCGCGGGAUUACGAAACUCCCCAAGCUAAAAACUUGGGCCUUCCGCGAUGUUGUUCUCGUGCCCGCUGGAAAGAGCAUGUUCAAGUAUGGUGACCCGAGGAGGCUCCCGACACGUGAGUACUCGAACAUACUUGGAGGCCUAAUUAGGAAGCAUUUCCCUGGGAUUGUCAAUCUCCCUAGUGGUGGCCGCGAUGUGGCUUGGACUUGGAAGCACUACAGCUACGCGGAAGAUCCUAGCGGCAAGUGCGCCAACAUGCAAGAGCGGGUUGUCCGCCACUUCUGGAAAUACUUCACGAGGGCUGAGGGCAAGGAAAUUGCGUGCGACGUUAUCUUACACGAGUUGUGCAGGGUGAGGGUGACUGGCAUGCACUACGAGGCACGUGUCCAGUGCGUUCGCGAUCGGCACGCCGAGCGCAAAGUUUGGAUGAGUAAGGCUGAUUGUCGGGAUACGCUCAUGGCACCGUGGCAGUACCUGCAGUUUAUGUUCUAA